UGGAUCAAAUCUCAAGAACUGGGGUCAACACUUCCGGAUGAUUUAUAGGUCGUCGAAAGUACCCCAGAAGCCAGAGAAGGCGGAGAUCAUUUUGUUGUCAUCGGGCGAAAAUGAUUGAACGCCAAUGGCCACUCAGUUUUUACGCGUGAGAAGAAGCGCUUUCGCCCUAUCUCAAACUGGUCGCCGAUGUGGAAGUUUAUCGGCGAAUACCAAAAACCAAGGUCCGCAGGCCCGGCGUUUGUGUUCGGCAAUGCGGGGACGAUGUGAGUUGGGUGGACCUCGCUGAUCGAGCGGAACACUCGAGUUCGACCUUCCCCGAGACCGACUAAGCCUCAGCAGUUCACAGCCAUGUCUGUUUCUACGGUGCUGGCGAAGGCGCUCUUUGACAACACCGCAGAGAGCCCGGAGGAAUUGGCCUUCAGGAAGGGCGACAUCCUGAUGGUUUUGGAGCAGGAGCAGAGCGGCGGGCCCGGCUGGUGGCUGUGCUCCCUGCACGGCCGGCAGGGCAUCGCCCCGGCCAAUCGUCUGCGGCUCCUCCGGACUGCCCCGGCCCCCGGCCCGGACUCCGUCUACUUGUCCCCGGGUCCGCCGACGACCUGCGCCAGCGAAGACGACGCGGACGCCGUGUACCGCUCCCCGCCGGCUGCAGGCGAAAGCCGAGGGGCCGGCGCGGGCUCGAGACCCGGCGAGCUCCGCAAGGCGGACGGCGGACGUCCGCGCUCGCACUCCAGUUCCGGAUCCCGACCCAGGCCCGACUGGGACGUGAGAGCGGGAGGUCGCCCGCGCUCGCCUUCCCUAAGAGGACGGGGCGCAGAUGUGAGCAAAGCUCUUUAUCAGACCCCAGUGAGCCCGCUGCCCUCAUCUGCUCAGCACGCCAGGCAGCCAGGAGCUCAAACGGCCCCAGAGUCUGUGUACCUCUCCCCCGGCGGAAUUGCCAGAGCGGGGGACGAGUCAGAGGAUACCACAUACCUCGUCCCCCGAGGAGAAACGCUCAACGCGGAGCCCUCUGACGACUGUUACUUGGUGCCGAAAGGGACGCCGCUUGCUGGUGAGGAUGUUUACCAAACCCCGACAGGAGGAGUUCUUGCCGGCGCGACUCACCAGGCAAAUGGGAGCCAGGAUACGGGCGGGAUGUACCAGACACCGUCUUCCAUGGCGGCGAGCCUUCAAAGGACUUCGUCGUCCCCUGUCCAAGCAACCCUUGGGCCCCUCCUCAAGGGCCCGUCGCCCACCGCCGCCGUGGCCAGAGGCAAAGCGGGUCUCGCCUGCCACCGGGGGUCGCCUUUGGUAGUGCGAGCGGGCCACCUCCGAGUUCCCGGAUCGCCAAAUUUUGCCCGAAAGCCCCCGCCCCCGGCGCCCCCGGUGAGGGGCGUUACCCGCAAAGACGGGCAGCAGCCCUUGCCCGUGCCAGGUGAUAUCGGCGCGGCCCCCAACCCUGGAUCUCAGGCGCAGGAGAUUGACAGGCAGACGAGCCAGGACCUGGAGAAAAGCAACAAUGCGCACAACAGCAAAGGGCCAAAUCAAGAUCAUGCAGACCCCGGGGAUGAUCAGGUAUACGACACCCCACCCGGCGGAAGAUGGCAGCGUGCGGCGCCGCCAACGCUCUGCGGCACCGCCGACGGCAUCUACGACACGCCCCGCACUACGCCCCCGCACCUCGACUCGGAGACCGAGGUGUACGACGUCCCCACCAUCACACUGAACGGCUCCACCUCGGACGCCCUAGCGAGCGCCGCCGCUCCGGCCGACGCAGACGACGUCUACAGCGUACCCACGCUUCCGGGUGUGCCCCCGGCUCCCGGGGAGACCACGCCGGGUCUUUCCGGGGAGGACGUGAGCCAGAACGGUCAGGCCUGUGGCAUCCUGGCAUCCACAGAGAAGCAGGCCAGCGCUGGAGAGCGGCAGCGGGACUCUGCGGACUGCGGGAUCUACGACAUGCCCGCCCUGACCGCCGAGGUCCUGCCCCACUCGUCCUCGUCUUCCUCCACCUCCGCUCGCCGUCUCUCCGUGUCCAGCAACGGCUCCGGGGACGUCCAGUGGAGAGCCUCGCUCUCCUGCCUGGUCCACGCCGUGCUGAGCGCCGCGUCCUGCUCGCCCGCCGCUCUCUCUUCCCGCGAUCUGGCCACAUCGCUAGCCGAAAUCUUGUCCACGUGGAAAGCCAGCCAGUCCGGCGACCCCCCGCCGCCUCUUCAGCAGGCUUGGGCUCGCCUGUCGGACCUGCUGCCCGCGUUAUCGGCCGUGGGCGGCGCUCCUCCGUCGGAAGGGCUCUUGUCGCUGGUCCGGCGCUCCCUGGAGGAAAGCGCUGUACUCUUGCAGGCUCAGGGUCGUCCCAGACUGCCUUCCCAGGAGUCUUUGUCCCGCAGGCCGCUGCCCGCGCUCCCGGUGUCGGACGGGAAGGCGACAGGGGGCGGAAUGGGCUCUCGUAAAAGUAGCUGGAUUCAGGAACGACCUUUGCCCCCGACCCCUCAGCCGGCCUUCCCCUUGCCUCCCACUUUGGCCACGGUCACGCUCACGGUGGGCCACGGCGACGAAGAUCCCGGCAACGAAUACGCCGGCAUCGGCUUGACUCCUGUCCCGGCCGCGGUGCCCAACGGUGACAGCGUUGGAUACGUAAAGUUGCAGGGAAAACCGGAACUUCCCCUGGCACUGAACGGACAAACCAUUACUUCAGAGCUGAGACUCACGCCGUCCCCUCCCCUGCCGGUCUCCCUCUCGCUGGAGGAUUCGGAGCUGCUGUCCUUCUACUCGUCGCAGAGCUUGGCUCACCUCUCCUGCCUGGCCGACGCCAUCGACGUGCUCUUCGGCAGCGUGCAGGGCAACCAGCCUCCCCGGGUGUUCGUGGCCCGCGGGAAGAGCCUCAUCGUGACGGCGCACAAGUUGGUGUUCAUUGGCGACACUCUGUCCCGCCUCCUCACCUCCGCGGACCUGCGCGCCAAGAUCACAACUUCCGGGGGUCGCCUCUGCCAGGCCUUGAAGGCGGUCGUCGUAGCGACGAAAGGCGCGGCCCAAAACUACCCGUCGGUGUCGGCCUCCCAGGAGAUGGUGGACCGCGUCGCCGAGCUCUCCCAGCAGGCCGCCGGCUUUUCCACUCUGCUGCAGCGCCUGGCUGAGAUCUCCUCGUGAUGUUUUGGGACGGGCCGCGUGACAAACUUCGUUGACGCUACACACCUUUUCCCCUCUCUUGGAAAAUGCCUUAUUUUGUUAUUCCACUCGCCGCUCCCCCCCCCCCCCCCCACCUGUCCUUCUCCAUCGUGUGACUCGGUUUUGCCCUUUCCCCUUUUGUCCGUGUUAACUUAUUGAGGACCGGAAGUUGCUCUUUGGAGAUUUACUUUGAAGUAUUUCAUUUUCUCCGUAGUUUAAAUGUCAGACGCAGGCAACUCGAGGCGCCGAUUCAACGGGAACUUGGGAACGACUCGAUUUAGGCUUGAACUAAAUGACUCGACGGGUCUUGUACGUUUACAUUUUAAAAUCUGCAGUUUUGAGCUAGUUUGCGUUUUGAAAGAAAAUGAACGCGCAAACCUGACGGCCAACUCGUGUGCUCGAAUAUGCCAAAAUCCGGGCUUAAAAACGGCUCAAAAUGAGGUGUUCAAGUGAAAUCAUCCGCUACAUUUCGACUUUCUUCGUCAAAGGCCUCGUUGAUGUGACUUCCUCCCACCUCAGAUAAAUCAAGCACAGGAGGAGACCUUUCCGUUGUGGUUCUGACCUACUUUUUUAACAGCGAGACCUCCAAAAGCAGUUUGUUUUCGCCACUCCCGCAAGCCUCCAUCCUUACUCGGCCUGCUCUCCCGGUGUGUUUUUUGCGAGACGAGACGACGACAAAGCGCUGUCACAAUCCGCCCCGACACACCUCGAGUGACAGUUCUCACCUGGUGAGAAUUCCCAGAAUGUGAACCAGUCAGGGGUUCGAAUGACCCCCUCCCCCCCGGGACGGCAGCUCUUUCCCACGGUGUGGCAACGGUGCGCUGUACAAAACCUGUGGACCGGGUUUCCCUGUCUCCACACGUUUGAAUUUGCUUUUUGACAUUGUUGUUGUGUGUGGGCUCACACGCCUCUGUAAGUCUUUGCUGGCGUUUUUGGUGUGGGUUCCAAAGCUGGCCCGUCGUCCUUUGCUCAAGCCGUUGCUUUGGGCCAGUGAAGAUCAUACGGACACGGCGUCAGAAUUCCAGCUCCCUUUCUACCUUUCACACGCAUGUUUCUGUUCAAGUCAUUCCUGCCAUCUCUUUUGUGCUAUUCUGAUACCUUCCUUUUUUUUUUCUACUUUCAAUGUUGGUCACGCACUGAAUGAUGGCCUUUGCCCCUCUUUCAUCUGUGUUCUCCAAGCCAGACCGUCAUCAAGCCCUUCCUUCUCAUCACGCGUUCCUUGGUCCGGAUUCGGGACUUGUGAUGUCCACACGACAAGUAUUGGCCUCAUCCUUCCAAGCAUGCCUGCGGGAACCCUCCUGUCCCAUUUUCCCUGCUAUUGUGUCACCUUGUGGAUGUUUGAAGUAUUAAUGGAAAGUACACCUAUUACAAGUUUGAAGAGAAGCAAGUAACUUUUAUAUUAUGAUCUAUUUUUUUUUUUCUUCAUUCAUAGCUUUGCCAUGCUGGACUUUUUGUCAUGCAUGUUCUUUUUUGAUUUGGUGGGGUGCUGUAUUGCAGUGGUUGUCGAACUGGUCGCAGGGGGGACGUUUGUUAAAUGGGUGUUCCGGCGGCCAUGUUGUUGAUGUCAGUAGUGCACGUCAGCUUGCGAGAAUGGCUCAGUUGAAUAUUUAGGUUGAAAUGUUACGAAAAAUAAUUCACAUUAAUGCAGGUUGUAGUUGUGUUUAAUUGGCGUUCAGAUGACGAGGGGGGUCCUCGGAAUAAAAAAAAAAAAUCUCCCCUGCACUGAAUAAAUUAUAAAACCAUGGUCAUUGUCAAGAAAUGAAAAAAAUGCCCCCGUGACUGUUUGUUGUACAGUGAAUGUUUUUUUUUUUUUUUUUUACACUUGAGCUCAACCGCGUAUGCUGAGGUUUAGCAAUACUGACCUACACCUCGUCACUUCUCAACAUUAUGUCUGCUUUGUAUUCCAGUCCAAAAUAAACUUUUUAUCCCCCCCCCCUUCCCCCCCAGUCAAUAAACAACGAUUUUAUUGGUAAUACAGG